AUGUCUAUUGACGCCCUUCGCAAACGCUACGAGGCCGUAGGCCAAGGCCAUCUCCUUCACUUCUGGCCCAAACUUUCCGAAGGCGAGCGAACAGCCCUUGCGACGCAGCUCGAGGCACUCGAUAUCGAACGGGUGAACCGCGUCUUCAAAAAAGCAAUUAGCAAUGAACAAGAUCUUGCGAAUGGAGUCGCAGCGGACGAGCUCAUUGAGCCCUUACCAGCGGACGCGACCGACACAUCUAUUGGGAAUCCGGAGAAGGACGCUGAAUGGCGCAGCAUCGGCCUCAAGGCCAUCGCGCGCGGCGAGGUUGGGGUACUGCUGAUGGCGGGCGGUCAGGGUACAAGGCUAGGCAGCUCUGCGCCUAAAGGUUGCUAUGAUAUUGGCCUUCCCUCGCACAAGUCUCUCUUCCAGUACCAGGCCGAGCGCAUCGCACGUUUGCAGGAGGUUGCCGCAUUGGAAGGUGCAAGGCCGAAGGGUUCUGUCAUCGUGCCCUGGUACAUAAUGACCAGCGGCCCUACCAGGCGCGAGACAGAAGACUUCUUCAAGAAGAACUCGUACUUCGGCCUUGACUCACAUAACGUCAUCUUCUUCGAGCAAGGUACUCUUCCAUGCUUGACAAUGGACGGUAAAGUCUUGCUGGAGUCGCCGUCUCGUAUCGCCGUUGCCCCCGAUGGUAACGGCGGGCUUUACGCGGCAACCCGCUCACCCCUCUCUGCAUCCGACAAAUCACAUACUGUCCUCACGGAUCUCGCACGACGGAAAAUCCUUUACGUGCAUGCAUAUUGCGUCGACAACUGCCUCGUCCGCGUCGCCGAUCCCGUUUUCCUCGGCUACAGCAUCGGCAAGCAGUCGGACUGCGCCGCCAAGGUCGUCCCCAAGGCUUCACCCACGGAGUCUGUAGGUGUCGUCGCCCGCCGCGGCAGCAAGUUUGGGGUGGUCGAGUACUCGGAGAUCACUAUAGAACAGGCGGAGAAACGCGAUGAGGAGACAGGCGAGCUCGCAUUCCGCGCGGGCAAUAUCGCAAACCAUUUCUUCACGACCGCGUUUCUGAACAACGUUGAGGCGUUCGAGAACGAGCUCGCGUUUCACAUCGCACGAAAGAAGAUCCCCCACGUCUCGCUGGAGAGUGGCGAGUCCGUUAAGCCAGGCAAGCCGAAUGGGAUGAAGCUCGAGUUAUUCGUGUUCGACGUACUGCCGUUUUCGAAGCGCUUCGCCGUGCUCGAGGUCGCGCGGAACGAGGAAUUCAGCCCGCUUAAGAACGCACCCGGAACGGGCUCGGACGAUCCGGAGACCAGCCGUCGCGACCUUCUGGCGCAGCACCGUCGUUUCCUCGAGCACGCAGGUGCCACUGUCAACGCCGGCGUCGAGAUCGAAAUAUCGCCGCUGGUCACAUACGCCGGCGAAGGCCUCGAGUCAGUCAAGGGCAAGACGUUCACUCGGUCGGGGUUGAUCAGUUCGGUAGAGGAGUUUGACGUCCUAGCUUAG